ACCCAAUCCAACCAUAGUUUAUAUGGUAAACUAAAUGCAAGUUUAUCUAAAAAAUAACAAAAAAUAAAACUGCACAUUGGAAUGGAUAGUUUCGUAGCACUUGAGCUGAUGUGGUAUCUUUGGAAAACAAUAAAAUAAAACUUGCUAUUGGGAAUAGCCUAAGCACCCUUUUUAUCUUACCUGAAAAUAAGAAAAAAUAGAUAUAUUUUCGGAAAGCAUCUGCCUAAGCACUUCCAUUAUCAUAUUAUUUUAUUGCGCAAUUGAUGAGACAAGAUACAAUUACAUGAUUUACAGAGCUAUAUCUAAUGACAAAUUUGUUCUUAAAGCUAUAAGAUUCUAUUGUUGUAUCAACGGGUUAGCUGGUUUGCAACGAUGGUAUGCCAAUAUAAAUGAUUAUAUAUAUAGUUUCAUCCAAUGUUGCUAUUAACUUACAUAUACUAGCACAACUUAAUUGUGCCAUAUCAUUUACUAGGAUGCGUAUCUUGAAUGGAACAAAAUAUAUAGCUUACUGCCUGUAUACUAGACACAGUUGUACCUAAGAAGAGAAAACCUGGCCAUGAAGCUCAAAUUGUCAAUCUGGUCGAAUAUUUUGCAUCAUGCAGAAUGGCUUUCAGCUACAAGAAGGUGACCUAAUUAACCAACGGCGCCUAGCUUGAAACAAAUGAACCAGACGUACAAAGCUGACACCUUGCUUUGGUCAACAACCAAUGUCAAGUUGUCAGCUAAUCAACUGAUUCUAGCCAUUGCCGAGAUAGAUAGAAGCUGGUUCACUGAUCGAUCUGCCGCCAUGGCUUCUACCUCGGGUUUCUUCGCCUCGGUGCUCGCCAUGGCCGUCGUGCUCGCCGGCAGCAGCAACUGCCAAGCGGCGCGCCUCCUCGCCGACGCAACGCCUCCUCCUGCCGCCGUCCCGGGAGUCCCGGCCGUGCCGGCGGUCACGUUGCCACCGAUGCCAGCCGUGCCGGCCAUCCCCACAGCAGCGCUGCCACCGAUUCCGGCGGUGCCAACCGUGCCGAACACCGCGUUGCCGCCCAUGCCGGCCGUGCCAAAGGUGACGCUGCCGCCCAUGCCCGCAGUGCCUGCUGUGCCGGCGGCGACAUUGCCGCCCAUGCCAGCCGUGCCCGCCGUGUUGCCGCCCAUGCCGGCCGUGCCUGCUGUGCCGGCGGCGACAUUGCCGCCGAUGCCAGCCGUGCCCGCCGUGUUGCCGCCCAUGCCGGCCGUGCCCAAGGUGACUCUGCCGCCGAUGCCCUCCAUGCCGGCCGUACCCAAGGUGACACUACCACCGAUGCCAUCCGUGCCGGUGCCAUUCUUGGCACCUCCUCCUUCGGCAUAAGGUCGACGAUGCCAAUGCUGUUGAUCACCUUGUGGAUGUCUACGCUCUUUUAUCAUUAAUUGGGUCAUUUGAUUUUAUCAAGCUUUUGAUUGUAUAUCAAUUAUUCCCUGCAGUUUGAUUUGUUUUAUCUGUGUGUAAAUGCAUAUGUAAAUGUAUGCGAGUUGAUUAUUUGUAACGUGUUCUAGCUGGACACAUCCUCUGUAUAUGGAGUCCUCGGCUAUAAGUAUUUGUUUAUGGCAUUUCAUUAUAAAAGUUAUUUAGUUUGGUCAGUUCAACUUGUGUUCUUAUCAGAAUGGCU